AUGGGCUCGGGCGCGGCCUUGUACUUGAUCGCGUCGAUCGCAGGCUACGUCUGCUUCAACGGCAUGCCGCCGGCCGACAUUCUCACGGGCUUUUCCUCCGAAGACGCGAGCAUCAACGGCGUCCGCAUCGCCCUUGGCCUCUGCAUGAUCCGAUCCGCGAGGUCAUUGAGACCGUUUUUCCUCGGGCCCGCGACGCACGCCGAGGCGCGCCACCGCCUCCCGUUCCGCGUCCUCGCCACGUCGAUCUUUCUGCUCGCAGCCUUCGUGCUCGCUGUGACGGCCGAAGACGUUGGCGUCGUCAUGGGCUGGAUUGGCGGCACGACCGGCAUCCUCCUCGCCUUCACCGUGCCCGGCUACUUUGUGUGGCAAGUGUCCAACGACACGUACAACGAGUGGACGCCGACCGACAAGACGCGCGGCCGCGCGGUCGCCGUCGGCAUGAUGGCCACCGGUGUAGUGCUCACGAUCAUCUCGGUCACCAAGUAGAGAGAUAUGGCAGACCAAGUAGUACAUACAGCGCAUCUCGCACAGACUCCAUGACAAUGUAUUCCCUUGCUC